UACCCAAUGAACAAAGCAAAAAAGCCAAGAAAAAAACCAAUACAAAGAAAACCAGUGCAAGCGAAUUCAAUCAUGUUUGUGAUAUUUGUUCGAAGAAAUUUUUCAAGAAACACCGAUACGACGCUCACAUGCGAACACAUUUAGGUUUGAAGCAGUGGAAGUGUGACCAUUGCGAUAGAGCAUACGACAAAUACACGUCGCUGACGCUGCACAUAUCGGCGAAACAUUCCGAAGGAGAACAACCAAUAUUCAAGUGUGAAGUUGAUGGUUGCGACAAGUCAUAUUCGAUGAAGGAAUCUCUUCGAGUACACAUUUCCAAAGUGCAUCAUGGCAAAAAGUCAGCUUUUACGACUAGAAUCUGCGAACAAUGUGGCAAAUCAUUCAAUAGCAAUGCUGGCCUCAUCCGGCAUUCUUAUACUCACUCGAAAGACACUCCGUUCAAAUGUGAGAUUUGCUCAAAAAUGUUUGCCACAAAAUACAAACUGAAGGAGCACACAAUGCGCCAUGAUGGGAUCAAGAAUUUUGUUUGUCCAACGUGUGGCCUGCGCAAAACAACCGGACACGAGCUUCGAGUCCACAUGAAAUACCAUAAUGAAGAUGUUCAGUUCCCGUGCAAUCUUUGUUCAUUGGUAUUCACCCGUCAGGCGAAUAUGAAGCGACACAUGAAAGUGGUUCAUCUUGGUGUCAAGGCAUUCCCAUGCCCACAUUGCGAUCGAUCCUUUGGUAAAUCGGAAACGCUAAAACAUCAUGUCAUGACCCACACUGGUGAACGACCGCUCUCUUGCUCCAUUUGCUCUAAAAGAUUCAUUCAACCCAUUGCACUAAAAGUGCAUAUGAAAACACACACCAAAUCGAAAUAAAGAACGUUUCAAAGUGUAAAA